GAAACUGGCGCCGGGCUUGGAAGGCUCCCUCCUCCGCCUCCUGCAGCCUGCCUUCUUCGGGCUGAGCGCAGGACUCGAACUCAGAGGCGCCGCGCAGCUUCCUCGCCGACGGAGCCCUUUCGGAAGGCGAUUUGGGAGCUCCUGUUAUCAGCUUUGACUGAUAGGCCAGCUUCACCCUUUCCUGGAAAUGAGGGACCUGGAGGAAACUGUGGUACAUGUGCUGGUAACCUCACAACUCGAUUGCUGCAGUGCGCUCUACAUGGGGCUACCCUUGUUGGGGUAACUGUGCCAUUCCUGGAAAUGUUUGCGUAUUUGAAAUGAGAUGAGGGUGCACUGAGAAUGAGAUGCUUUGUUAAAAUUCCCUAUUGAUGCCAAAGCUGCUUGGAGUUUGGUGAAGGAGGCACUUGCUGUGCAUAUGCAAUAAUCCUCAUCUACAUCCAGAGGACUCUUUGUUCUCCCUCUGAGCGGGUUUUACCAGAUCUUUUGUGACCAUGCACCAUCGAAAUGGGGUGGUUCAGACGCCGCUGGACGGCCUCCGAGAGCAGCUGUUUUUGUAUCUGGCCUGCUCAAAAUGCAGUCUGCAGGAGAACGAGAUCACCUACCGACUGAAGGAGGUGGAGCACCACUGCAUGAUGGAGAUCCUCCUAGCCAGGUGCAAGGGAGAACCUACGAAACUGUGGCGGAAGGUCGGCAGGCGUCCCAACUUCCCAAGCCCAGCCCAUUAUGACAUCUGCAGGCACUACGUCCCUGGUUUGGGUUGCACAAAGCACAGGAACCUUUGCACAUUUGCUUGGAGCCAGGAGGAGGUGAUCGUGUGGACCUUUGAACGGAAAAACAACAUGGAAAGGCACAUUCUCAAGAUGCUCUUGCAGAGGGCUCAGAGCAGCAGCUUAUCAAGCAGCCUCACCAAGCCUCCUAGUCCCAGCAUCUCAGAGAAGAUCCGUAGUGAAUUUGGAGGCCAUUUCCAGGAAAUCUGCAAAACCUGUUUUUACCAGACUCCCCAAAGGAUUUCCACUAAGGAUUCUGGCCGGACUUGCGAGAAGCACUGGGAAGCAGUUUUGGUCCAUGUGGUCACCAAUGGCAAGAUGAAGGAGCAGUACACAGAAAUCCGUCCCCGUCCUGGAGCCAUGAAAAAAUUCAUUUACUGUGAAUACAUCUCUACAGGCAGGCCAUGCAAUCGCACUCUUCGUCAGUGCUAUUGUGCUCACAGUGAUGUGGAACUGGCGGUCUGGGAGGCAGAGCAGAGCCAUGGCCUGGCACGCAUAGACCUCCUGUACACACCUGUGGACUGUAAACCAGUAGAAGAAGAUUCGCGGCCCAAAGUCCGGUUCUAUUGCCGAGUGUGCCUGGUGACGUGUGACUCUCAGGAGUGCUUUGAGAACCACUGUUCCUCCUUGGAGCAUGCACAGCUGAUCACCACUGACUCCAUGGUUGAGUGGACUCAUCGUGCCCCUCCAUACAACCCAAAGGGCUUUGUGCUUUGCAGCCAAGUUGAUGGGUGUGAAUACGGAGAAAACUGUGCCAAGGCCCAUUCCAUUGAAGAGCUGGAGGAGUGGAUCCAGAGAGCCAAAGUGGCAGAGACGAACAAGAUGUCUGCUAAGCAAGAUGGUCUCCUCUCUUACCAGGACCGGCUUGUUGCGGAAUACCAAGAAAGCCACAACGAAGUCUUAAUUCUUUCAGAGGAAGUGGAUGGUGUGAUAGUCACUUGUCAGCAGCCACUGCGGGUGCAGUCAGAGGAUAAGAAGAUGUGCUACCGCUGGCUUUUCACAGUUCAUUCCCAGAAGCCGCUGGUUCAUGUGGCCUUGCUGAGAAGAGUCCCAGGGGCAACGUUUUCCCUAGCAGCAGAUGGACACAAUUUGGGCCUGACUUAUGCCUCAGGAAAGAGAUUCAAGACUCGGCCAGGAGCUGCGGUUGAAGUUGGGGUGUUCAUGGAGUGCCACACUUUUGGCGUCUAUGAACAGUGGCUAGUGUUCGACGUUGGAAGCCGCCCCGUCUUGGUCCGAAAACUCCAGGCUAAGGUUGGCCAAAAAGAAACUUCCUCCUGGCGUAUGGAACUGACCACAGAACAUAGCAGCCAUUUUGUGGACUUUGAGCGCUGGCACAGCGGCAACCGUGUGGUGGUGCCUGGCGUGGAGCGGACUGCUGACGAGUUGGAGCUGCUGGCCAAGUACAAGGCCCCAUCGCUGGCGCUGGAUUUCCAGCGGGAUGCUCAGGGCCAGCCGAUCACCCCAUUGAACUAUCGUGAGCAAAUGCACAACUUCCUGUUCAGGGAGGAGGAGGCGCAACGAGCGCUGAUUGCUAAGCUGAGCUUGCAAGUGGUCCUUUCCUUUCGACAGAUGAUGGCAAUCCCUCUCAUGGGGAUGAAGUGUGCUCCCCAAGGGGAACUCUAUGCUGAAAUCACCACCCCUUACUCUCUGACCCAGGACUCCGAGGAAGGCCGCCUUCUACACCGCUCUGUCAAUACUGCCUUCCUGGCCCCAGCCCCACCCACUAACAACCGUGUCUUUGAAGUCUCCGUGGAGAGGAGCAACAUCACUGACAGAAGCAUUUGGCUUCUUCUGCCUCGGCGCUGCUGCUUUGAGCUUGGCCUCAAAGCAGACAUGUCCCUCCAGGUGGAGGUCCAGUUCCAGAUCAAUCAGCUUCUCUUCCGGAAGUGGCAUCAUGCUGUCGACAAGCUCUGUGAUGUGCGGCUGGUCCUACCGGAUGUGGCCACAUGUUCUAUCCCACAACCCCUCAGGCAGGGUCUGUUGCCAUUGCUGCACCGUGGGAAUGCCAAGCAGAACCAAGCCCUUUCCUUCAUCAUUGGACAAGUGGCUGGUGGGAUCCGGCAAGUGCCUCCUCUCUUGAUCUAUGGACCUUUUGGAACUGGAAAGACCUUUACCUUGGCCAUGGCAACCCUGGAGAUCAUCAAGCAGCCAGGAACACGAGUGCUGAUCUGCACUCACACCAACAGUGCUGCUGAUAUCUACAUCCGUGAGUAUUUCCAUGACUAUGUCACAUCAGGACAUCCUGAGGCCAUUCCAUUACAGAUCAAAUACAUUGGCCACUGUGUGAAAACCACAGACCCAAUCACGCUGCGGUAUUGCUGCCUUUCCCCAAACCGGGAUUCCUUUCGCCUCCCCACUAAGAAAGAACUGGACCAGUACCGCAUUAUUAUCACCACUUGUAUGCUCUCCCUGGAACUUGGGCUAACUGCUGGCUAUUUCAGCCACAUCUUGAUUGAUGAGGCUGCCCAGAUGUUGGAGUGCGAAGCUCUGGUCCCUCUCUCCCUUGCUACUUUGGAGACCCGCAUCAUCCUUGCAGGGGACCACAUGCAGGUCACCCCAAAACUUUCCUGCCUACGGGAGGGUGAGCAGUGGGCUGAUCACACAUUACUCAACCGCCUCUUCCGGUACUACAAGAAGGAGAAGCAUGAGGUGGCCCUGAGGAGCAGAAUCAUCUUCAAUGAGAACUACCGCUCUACUCCCAGCAUCAUUGACUUUGUCUCCAGGCACUUCUACGUUGGCAAGGGAGAUGCCAUCUGCGCCAAGGGCAAUGUGCCUCCUCACCCAGAAUUCUACCCGCUCAUGUUCUGCCAUGUCGCUGGCUCACCUGAGAGGGACAUGUCUAUGACAUCUUGGCUUAACAACUUGGAGAUUAGGGAAAUCAUUGAGAAAUUGGAAGAGAUCAAACAGAGAUGGCCAGAUGAAUGGGGAGAGCGGGAUCUCAAGAGAAUCUGUGUGGUCUCCCAUGGCAUGCAGGUGAAGGCAUUAAGGCAGGAGCUAAGGAAGAAGUCCUUGGGAGAUGUGACAGUGGAGAGCGAUGAAAACCUGCCAGGGAAAACAUUCCGUGUUAUUAUCAUCAGCACUGUGCAUAGCAGGGAAAGCCUCAGCGUUAUCAGUUCCUCCAACCUGGACUUCUUCAAUGACUCACGUGUGUUGAACACCAUCAUGACGAGGGCCCAGUCCCAGGUCAUCGUUGUUGGGGAUGCAGUGGCUUUGUGUUCCUACGGACGAUGCAGCAAGGUCUGGAAAGGCUUCAUCAGGGAGUGCAUUGACCACAGAACCAUGGCUCCUGAAACUCUUACCCUGGAAGAGAUAAGACAGGCUGUGUGUGACCAGGCCACUUGGAACAGGGAGAGCCUGAAGUCUGAGGAAGAUGGGAGUGAUACAGACUCAUGGUUCUCUGAGGCAGAAAGCUUGAAUAUUGAUGAUCCCAUAUUGCAGGAGCUUCUGGAUGAGAGCAACAAUUUUGUGGUGACUGUUUCAGAUGAAGGCCUGAUGAACGUGAGGUCCGAGGAGCCUGACCUCAAAGGCAGUAGGCAGGAGUACACUAGCUACUCCCCACAGACCAUGAUGGAGUAUCUGCGUAAGUGUCCCAACAUCUACAAGCGUUGCGAGUUCAUGAAGGAGAGUUUUGAUCGAGCUUCUGCCUUCUCUCUGGACGACUCUCCUGCCCUGAACAUCCAGAUCAAAGGCCGGGUUAACUGUGGAAUGGCUUUCUCUGGUGACCAAGUCUUGGUGGAGAUCCUGCAGAACAAGGCUACAUCUGAAGGAAGUCUCCAUGGGAAAGUGGUGGGUGUGAUGAAGGCAGCUGAUAGGAACCGUAUCUUUAUCUGCUCAGUGGAUGAUUAUGAUCUACGUGUCAUGAUCCCCAUUGACCGUUCAGUCACCAAAAUCUUUGUUCCGGGGUUGAAAGAUGAACGAAACAUCAUUCCCAUCCGCCGGGUAGACCAAGAAGGGAAGAUCAAGCUGAAGAGUCGCAAGACGAUAACCCAAGAGGACAAGAAGAAAUGCCUCUUUGUGGUCCAGGUCAUCAAGUGGCGGGAGGGGUUUUACUUUCCUUUGGGGAUUGUUAUGCAGGUCCUUCCUGUGGCUUCAACACUGGAAGAAGGACUACAGAUCCUUGACAUUGAGUGCAGCCUGCCUCAAAAAUACCCAGAUGCAGUGUUCAAGGAGGUGGCCAAAUUCACUUCCAAUAAAACCACUUCUGUGAAAGACAAUCGGAAAGACUGUCGGACCUACCGAACCUUCACGGUUGACCCCCCAGGUGCUAGAGAUCUGGAUGAUGCCAUCAGUAUUAGAGAUCUAGGUGACAAAUAUGAGAUUGGAAUCCACAUUGCUGACAUGGCCUCUGUCAUCCCCAAAGGCAGUGCUCUAGACACAGAAGCCAAGAACCGGGGAACUAGUUAUUAUGCUCCUGGGAAGGAGCCAGUGUCUAUGUUCCCACCUGAGCUCAGCCAAGAUCUCUGUAGUCUCCUUCCACAGAAAGAGCGCCAUGUGAUCUCUCUUUUUGUCUUAGUGGAUAAAAAGAAUGACCAGAUGACAAAACUUUCCUUUACUCUGUCCACAAUCCGUUCAGAUCUCCAGCUGACCUAUGACGAGGCUGAAGACAUAAUUAAGACUUAUUACAGGACAGAGGCACCAUCACUUCACUUCGACACCCUGAAGGAUUGUAUUGCAGUUGCUUAUCAUUUCUCCCAAGUCCACCGGAAGGCCAGACUCCAUGAAGACUGUUACUAUGAGCAACUGGAUGAAGACUGUCCUCUGGGUCAGAGAUGUUCCCACCAGAUGGUACAGGAGCUUAUGAUCUUGUUCAACAGUUCUGUGGGAGAGUUCCUCACCAGCCAGGAUUCCACCAGAAGUCUCAUCCCUCUGCGUUGCCAGAUGGAGCCCAACCCCCAACAAAUGACUCAGAUGAGAAACAAAUUCAGAGGCAUAAUCCCAUUGUCCAACCACCUCUCACACCAUCUCGGUGGUCCAACUACUGAAGUCCACAUGGAGACCAGUAAUAAUUUUGUACUCUUGGCUUCAACAUGGGAACAUUUGAAGUCUGCUGCCAGUGUCGGUGACAUUCCCAAGAUGCUUGACCUGAUUGUAACAGAUGACAUUCAUCCCAAACUGGCCCCUGUGAACCUGGAAUUCCGGAAACUUCUGAGUCGCUCUUAUUUUUUACGUUCCAACUCAUCUGUUCAGUCCAAAGUAGGUCAUUAUUCCUUGCAUGUGGACUCUUACACCUGGGCCACCUCUCCCAUCCGGCGUUACAUAGAUGUCGUGCUCCAGCGACACAUCCUCUCUCUGAUCCUGAAGGAGCCGGUACAGUAUUCUCCAGAGGAUAUUGAGUUCCUUUGCUAUGAUUUCAACCGGAAGAAUGCAAUGGCAGCUGCAUAUGAAAAGAAGGCCCACUCCCUGGAGAUGGCAGCUCAGUUGAAAUGUCAGGUCCAGCAGAAGGUGGCCUUUGUUAUGAACGUUGAAGAGAUGGCCAAGAACUUCAAAGUCUUGUUUCCUUUCAACAAGGAGACCCUUCCCGACCUUCAGCUCAUUAACUAUAGAGCUCUCCAGCUUGUGGCACAGCCAUUUUUCAUUGAGGAACGGGGGAGUAUAAAGCUGGCAUGGAGGAGAAGGGUCUACUCCAUGGUGACCUUACAGAAGCACAUCUUGACGUCAUCCUUGCUUCAGGACAAGAGGGUCACCGUCUUUAAUGCAGCAGUCUGGUGUGAUGUUCUUGCUGCUGUCAGAAACCAAGAAUAUUAUAAGGUGCUCUUCCUCCUUGAGAAGGGUCAUAUUAAGCAGCUGAGACAUACAGGGAGAAUUAAGAGGAGCAAGUGCUUGCAUUACGUGGAACUGUCAGUGGAGCUCGGUGGCGGGGAUGUCUUGGACCUCCAGCUCACCACAGAUGUCCAGCGGGGUUUCCUGGUGCCAUUUGUGCAGUUGUGGACCAUCACUCCUGGCUUUGAUGUGUGUCUAGAGCACUCAGAAAAACCCAUUGAAUGCUUCUCCCAAUUUGCUACCCAAUCAUCGAAGGAGAAAUAUAAGGAUGCCUUUGAGUAUCGCAAAAUCUGGCUGCCGCUUUCUGACAUGGAAGCAGCUUCAUGUGCUGUGGCUGAGAAUGACUCCAUUGUCCUGCAGGAUGUCAAGAUCAUCUGGGAGAAGAAAAGAACGAAGAAAGGCCAGCUCCAGGGGACCAUCUCCUUCACUAAGGAGUUCCUGAAAGAGUGUGCCAUUGAAGUGGAUUUCAGCUACUGCUACCUCUGCAUCCGUCUUUCAGACCUGAAGCCUAAUGGAAUCCAGAAUAGCGUGGAGAUCCUUAGCCACAACUUCCAACAGCUGAGCUUGACCAAACAAAACUGCAAGGAUGGCAAAUUGCUGGUGGACCCAGCUACUUACACUUGGGUGGCUCAUGGGUGUACAGAGGAGUUUGAAAGCAAUGACAAAUCUGAUCAGCGUGGUGAAGCGAUGGUGCGUUUCUCCAUCCAUUUCAUGUCCAUGGAAAACAUCCCUGUUGAGGUCACCCAGGAGUCUUCCAGGUUCACUGUGGAGCUCAUCCCAAAGUUGCUGCCCGAUGUACGGAAGGAGAAAGCAAUUUGGCAACUGGAACAUGCAACUCAGCUUGCCAAGGGAAUAGCUCUUGGCCAUUGGAUUCCCAAAAAACCAGUUAAAUCCAGUCUCUUGGAACGCAGAAGUUUUGAUCUUCCAGAAAGCUCCAGGCGGCUCAAUCCCAGCCAAAAUCAAGCUGUUUUGCAAGCUCUGACAAAUCCAUAUACACUCAUCCAAGGCCCACCAGGGACUGGGAAAACUGUGGUUGGUGCUCAUAUUGUCUACUGGUUCCACCGGCUGAAUCUAGAACACCAAGAGAAGGAGCCCACUCUGGAUGACACAGACAAAGCAAAGACCCACAUCCUAUACUGUGGGCCCUCAAACAAGUCUGUUGAUGUUGUUGCAGAGAUGCUGAUGAAGAUGAAGGGAUCUCAGUUGAGGCCUCUGCGGGUAUAUGGAGAAAUGGUAGAAUCUAUGGAAUUCCCCUAUCCUGGCAGCAGUUUGCACAUCUCCCGGAAAGCCCAGCGGGAAUCCAAAUCCAAACCAGAGAUCAGGAGGAUAACUUUACACUAUCUGAUGCGUGAACGUUCAAAUCCCUAUUCUAGUAAGAUCUGUGUGUUCGAUGCCCGUGUGAAAAGGGGAGAGGAGAUAACAGAGGAAGAAGUUGAGAAGUACAAACGGUUGCUGGGCAAGGCCCGGAAGUAUGAACUGGAGCGCCAUGACGUUAUUCUGUGCACAUGUUCUGCUGCCAGUAGUGGCUCCUUGAAGGACAGCUUGAACGUCAGACAGGUGCUUGUUGAUGAGUGUGCCAUGUCCACCGAGCCAGAAACCCUCAUCCCACUGGUGAACUACAAAACAAUUGAGAAGGUAGUCUUGCUGGGAGACCACCAGCAGUUGAGACCAGUUGUCUACAAUGACUUCUGCAGGGCCCUGGGCAUGGAGACAUCGCUCUUUGAGCGCUACAAGGGCAAGGCCUUGAUGCUGGACAUACAGUAUCGCAUGCAUCGAGACAUUUGUGCAUUCCCCUCGGAGGCGUUUUACGACAACAAACUGAAGACCUGCCCCCAACUCAUCCGUCGCACCAGCACCCUCUUCCACAGAGGCCGGCCCUCCUGCGCCAUCAUCUUUGGGCACAUAGAAGGAAAGGAGAACAGCCUCAUGGUCACCACGGAGGAAGGAAACGAGAACUCCAAGGCCAACUUUCAAGAAGCAGAGCAAGUGGUGAGGAUAGCGAAGCAGCUGACACUGGACAGGACCACUAAGCCUGAGGAGAUUGCCAUCCUGACCCCUUACAAUGCCCAGGUAGUCGAGAUCAAGAAGCGUCUCUCCCUGGUGGGGCUGCAAACGGUAACAGUUUGCACCAUCAUGAAAAGCCAAGGCAGUGAAUGGAAGUAUGUGAUUGUGUCCACCGUCCGCUCAUGUGCCCAGUCAGAAAUUGACAAAAAGCCCACCAAAAGCUGGCUGAAAAAAUACUUGGGGUUUGUGUCUGACCAAAACCAGAUCAAUGUUGCCAUCACUCGGGCCCAGGAGGGGCUCUGUAUCAUCGGAAACCGUUACCUCCUGGAGAGCAAUUCUUUAUGGCGAAGACUUGUAGAACAUUACAGGAAGCAAGGAUGCUACACCACAGCGGCUGCUAUUCAGAUUCGGCAGAGGUCUGCUGCCCGCUAAUAUGAACUGGUGCCCACUGAUUGCAAAAUGUACCUGUUCUUAUCAAUGACCUAAAUCAGUAUUCCCAACAUUUUUCUACCCUACUGCAAACAGGACUUAGCACUGUGUGCCAAAACCUCCAUAUUCAAAUGCUGCUAGGAAGAGAACCCACGAACCAUUAACUGUUUGGUCUCUGAACUGUUGAAAGGGCACAAAGGAUCUCGCAAACUUAAUUUGGUGAUUGUCCUAGACCUCUAGAUCAAUUCUUAAGUUUUUGGAUGCAGGGGACCAGCCAUUAUUUCCCCCCCAAUGUCCCAGAGACUAGUGCCAUAUUUGUUCCCAUUGGCUUCAGUUCUUUUUUUCUUUCCUGGAAGCUCUUAGUCAACCACCAGCCAAUGGCUCAGGGAUUGGCACUGGUCCAUUGACCACCACUUUGAGUAGCACUGCUCUAGACCAGUGCAUGGGCAAGCAUCACAUGUGACAAGAGAAGCAUGAAUUUGCAAGAGCCCAGAAGAGCGACACACAUCCAGCGCCAGUCUGACUCUCCAUAAUGCUUCCUUCUUCCUUGACUCUAAAAGCAAAAGCAUCCCAAAGGCCCAGAGAUUAGGAGUGUAGGAGCAAUGCUAUCUCCAGACCUUUGGGUUUUUCAGAGGCAAGUUUACAGUGAUGUUUGUUCACCGCCAUGUUGUAGAUCAUAACCCCCAAUGAAUGUAUGUAGCAGUGGCAUCACUAGUGCAGUGACUCAUGGUGUCACUCUCCAUGGACCUUGCCUUGUGUCAUAGCAUACAGAAUCCUUAGUAAUAUUUCUUACAGGUUGACUAUGCAUGGCAUCAUUCAAAUGAAGCACCACCUGCCACAAGGACAACACACUUACUCUCUCUCUUUCUGUGUUCGGGGUUAAUUCCCCCUCUGUUCACCCUCCGCAAAGAGACUUUGCUGCUCUUCCCACUUCUCCCCUUACUGGCUGUAACUGCACAAAAAUUUUAUAGACAGACAUUUCAGUGUCAGCCACUCUGACAGUGUCACCCAGUGUAAUCUGCACCUCCUUCACCCCUGAAGUGACACCACUGUUCUGUAGUUCCUUUUCUGGAAGAGUUCUUUUUAAUGUCAUCUUUCAUUAUGGAGGCCAAAAGGGUAGGCUGUUCUCUGGAAUCCCCAACUGACUGCUUUGGGAAAUGCAUCUUUGUUUUGCUUUUGGUGACCAAGUGAAUGAUGUACAAAUCCAAAGGAAGGACCUCAGAAGAUGUUUGCAAAGAAAGGAACCAAAGAAAAUGUGCCACCACUAAGUGGAAUUUCAGGGAUCUUCUACCUUCACUCGGAGACAGGAGGUCUGCUUUUGCUCCUUUUGGAUAACAAACAGAAACGUUUUCAGGCAUGGCCCUGAAAACCUGUAAAUAGAUCUAUUUGAGACCAAACAUGAAUUUUUAUAAUGAGAGCACCAGUUGGCAAUUAUCCCUGGCAGCCCAGAGAACUCUUUUACAUGAAUAUAUGUGUGUGUAUAUAUAUAUUUUAACAGCUUCCAUUUUUUAAAAAAGAUUACUUGAAAGCAUUUCCUCUUACUAAGAAUUUUUUUACAACCUUUUUAAAAAAAAAAUGCUGACAAGAGAAUCACAAAUCUGUCAAAAGCUUUGCUGUUCCUUGUUCCGCAUUUUUCGGUUUUACCAGCAACUCUAAAUAUACACAUGGUGCACCUUGUAAGAAACUUGACCUAGUAUGUGGAGAAGUAGCAGCUGUGUGCCAGGAAAAGCAAUGCCAUUUUGCAAGAUGGCUUUUGCUUUGUGAAAGUUAGCUUCUAGGACAAUUGUUAUGUCAUUACACCUACAUUACAGCUUACCUGGACAUGGGCUUACACACUGUGCCACUGUGGCGGACUCCAGGUCUGUCAGAGCCCAGCUGGCUGAGGAUGAUGGGUGUUGUAGUCCCAACGCAUCUGGAGGGCUCCAGGGUGCAAAAAGCUGGGCAACAGUCUUUCACACUUUUGUGUAGCUAGUACAGUUUCUCCACAGGUUGAGUGCUGUGGAGUGUGAGAAGAAAGAGGACUUCAAUUUUAAAAAUGAUUCUUGUUCUCAGUAUCACAAGUACCUGCCUUAAAACGAAAACCUUAAUGAAACUUGAUGCACAGGGAUGUAGAGUUAGCAUCCUUUGAAGACUCAAUCUGUAUGGGAUUCGGCUACUAUUGUGUAGCAGUAGUAGCUGAAUCAACUGUUCCAGUGGAUGGUCAUCUCUGUGGUGUCCGUUUCGAACUGUGCAAAGCCAACACAAGAUGCUGCUGCUGGACUUCUUCCUCAUUGCCAGAUUGUGGGAAUAUGUGCAUCAAGAUGUUCUACACAGAUGUUCUCUCCUGUUUUGUCUUAAAAUUGUAGCACAUCUGAUUUAUUGUAAUAGAUGGAAUUGCUUUUUCUAAUGGGCAUGGGAGUGAAAUGUCUUAGAACUGUGCAACCUGGUGUAUGUACAAUUUGAAUGUAUUGUUCCAUGAAAAAACCUUUGGUUUUUAUUUUAGCUCUGGGUCGGCAGGGGAGACCUUCUCCUGUAAUGAAAACCUAUUGUCAGGGAUCUUGAUAGCAAUGGAAGGGAAAGGAAGUAGUUCUUUUCCUGUGGUUCACCUCAGUAAUCUUACAUUGGAAAGUUUUAUAUUUUUAAAAUUGCCAACAAAGCUGCUUUCUCUCCACACCUCCGAUGCUGCAUGGAUAAUUUCAGUCUGGAACAGAGAAACAGUUUAGGACAGAAGAGCUUGUCUUGCAUUCCUACUGGCUGAUGCUGGUGCAUAAAGGAAGAGCAUGUCAUUGCGGAGACACAAUAGCACCCCUGUGCUGACUUGCUAUUUCAUUAUGCAACAGAAUCUACAGCUUCUUAAGACUGCCUUGAAAAUUAGAUUUUUCUUCACCUAGCUGCCUCCACAUGCUUCCACUAUAUUUGCAAAAAGUCUUUUGGGAGUACAGCUCCCAUAAUCCCCAAAGUAAAACAGCCACUGAGUUGUUCUUGUCCAAAAACCUAAUUUUUCUCAUGCCUUAUUCUAACCCAAGAAUACAGGAAAAUAUGCUGUUUGAAUAAGCAUACUUUCUAUGAAAAAUAUCCAUUUAUCCAGAUACAAUCAGCUUCUUCUUUUUCUUCUAGAGGAAAAUGUGCAAUUCAGAACAUUAAAAACUUUGUAUUAUCUGUAGAUAAGAUAUUUCUUUUUUAUAAUGUUUCUUAAAAUGGGAUUUUAGUGCAAUAAUGUCUGAUUAUGAAUGGGGACCACAUUCGUCCAGCAGGAGUUUCUCUGCAGAUGCCACACUGCAAGAUUGUCAUUUUGUGAGAGUCUCCUGUGGAACUGUGCCGGGUUGAAUAUUGAUUUGUGAAAUGGACCAAAAUGUUAGAGCUCUGAUCAGCUUUUUAAUACAAUAUGUGUCUUUAAAAGCAGUCUUGAAUUAAUGAGUAUUUUUAAUGAGAUUUGUUUAAUGUAUUUGACUAUAGUGGGAUUUUUUAAAAACCAGACUUACAUGUAUGUUGUCUUGGAGACCAUUUUCAUAGGGAGGUACAGAAGCAAAUAAAAAUGGAAUCUCUGGACAUUUAGUUAAUCUCAACUAGAGCAGACCUGUUGAAUGAAUGAAUUUUCCAGAAAUGUUGACUGUUCAUUCAGUAAUCAUCUCUACAGUGGGACAAUACAUUGACUUCACAUCAUUAUGACUUAUGGAGAUUUAGUAUAUCCAGUUAUUAUUAUUAUUAUUUUUUUGCCAUUUGGAACUGCUUAAAAAUAUUUACGAUAUUCAUAUGAACCAUUCUUCUUAAUUAAAUACUGUGAAGCUGUUUGUAUUAUAGAAAAUUAAAAUUGUUUCUGAAGUCUGAUUAUGCUAAGAAACUGGGGGGGGGGGGUGGUCUUAAGCAUGCAGCAGAAUGAGGCCUGCAUUGCCUUGUACACUUUGAUUCUUACUGUAUAGAAUUUAGUGACCCACCUGUUUGUAGGUGCUUCUGAGGAACAAUUAAGUGCUAUGAAGCACUUGCAAAAUAAUGCUGCUCUUGCAAAAAGGGUGGGUCAGCCCUCCGUAUCCAUGGAUUCAACAAGCCACAGUUUAAAACUAUUAAAUAUAAAUUCCAAAAAAGCAAACCUUGAUUUUACCAUUUUAUAUAAGGGGCACCAUUUUACUAUACUAUACUAAUCGGGCUUAUCCAAUUGAUUUACUAUGACUGAACCCUGAAAAUACUUACGUCCUGUGGAUGAUAUGCACAUAGAUUGUAACAACCUUUUUAUAUCUGUUUUUAUAAUUGAUUGAGUAAUUGAUAUAUUGUAGGAACUUGUGAGUUUAUAAAAAUGUAAUUAUUCUAAUGCUGAUUUUAUCUGUUGUGCUCCUGCCUCGAUCCAUGGGAACAGGUGGGAAAUAUAAAUAAAGAUUUUAUUAUUA